ACACGUUUCAACGCAUACUUACCUCAGGUUUUUCUUUAAUUUAAACCCAUCUUUGUACCGAUUUUUGCGCACUCCUCUAAUAACUCAUAGAACAAUUUCUUUUAAAUUAAGUUUAUUAACAAUCAGAGAGAGAGAGAUUCUGUAAUUUUGAUCAUUAUAGAAAGCUAUAGAGUUUGUUUACGUUUGGGAAAUUGGGAUGAUAACUAGUAAACAACGACGCCCAAUGUACUGUAUAUUCACGUGCUUCUACUUUAUCUCCUUCGUUGUCAACAUACACACGUAGGUGACCCAGGGUUGUCGGAGACAAAAGUUAAGGUGUGAUGGCUCCCCAAGACAGCAUUCCGUCUCAUCUGGUGCGAGUCAUUGAGUGUAAACAAGGUGCUGUCAGAGCUGUCAGGUUUAAUGUAGACGGUGAAUACUGUAUGACGUGCGGCUCCGAAAAGUCCAUCAAACUCUGGAACCCCCACCGUGGCACUCUGCUCCAUACCUAUGCUGGUGGCUAUGAAGUUCUAGAUGCUCGUGGCUCCAGUGAUAACUCGCUUAUAGGUUCCUGCAGUUUAGACAAAUCUGUGAUGAUGUGGAAUGUUAGUACAGGAGAAGCCCUGAGGAAGUUUCGGGGUCAUGCUGCCAGAGUGAACUGUGUUGCCUUCAACGAGGAGUCCACAGUAAUAUUAUCAGGCUCUGUUGAUGGUACUGUUAGAAUAUGGGAUCUUCGUAGCCGCAACAAAGAGCCUAUUCAGGUGUUAGAUGAAGCAAAAGAUGCCAUAAUGACAGUUGGUGUAUCGGCUCAUGAAAUACUGACAGCUUCACUAGACUGUUACACUCGUAUAUAUGACUUGCGCAACGGUCAGUUAGUGUCAAACUGUGUUGGAGAAAGUGUGACAUGUGCAUCAUUUAGUGGUGACGGCCAGUGUGUGCUCACGUCCACCAUGGGGUCUUCAGUCCGCCUUAUGGACCGAGAAACUGGGGAGCUGCUGUCUCAGUAUACUGGCCACUUGAGUAAAGAAUACAAGGUAGAGAGUUGCUUCACGUCUUCAGACACUCAUGUGAUGUCCGGCUCAGAGGAUGGUUAUGUCUACUGCUGGGAUCUUGUUCAAGCUUCUUUGACUAACAGACUGGAGCACACAGGCAGUCGUGUAGUGCACUCAUUGUCCUCGCACCCGUCCCAACCCUUCCUGUUGACUGCCAGCCUUGGUCAGGUAUGGCUAUGGUCAAACCAGCCCAACAAUACAGAAAAUACUUGAGAACAGUUGUAUCACAAGUGAAUAAAAUCACUUCCUACAGGUUUAUUGUGUUUUAUCAAUAUCCAAUUGCCAAAUAAAUAAUGUUAUUCAAAGGCUUUGGAUAUUUUGAGAUAAGUGUUAAACAUGUACUAAGCUGAGUCCUCUCGAUGAUAAAAAAAAGUAUGUAUGAAACACGAUGAUCUGAUCAGUUUGAAAAAUAAUAAACUUAUUACAUAAAUCAGCUACAAUAGUGAUCAAAUGUUAUGUUUUUAGAAUGUGUCACCAGUUUAUAAUUAAUACAGUAUCUGCUGUGUUGCUAUUGUACAGUGACAGCUUACACAAACACCUUAAUAAGAUUUUGAAACUUGAAUGAAAGGCUCAGUCUUAGUCUCACAUGUCUGGAACUGACUUUAAUCACCUGCACUUGUGGACUCCACUACAGUACUGUACAACAAGUACCAGAAAUAGACAGCUGAUAUAAUCUACAAUUAACUCUAGGUUUAGACUUUUAGAGUGUUAAAAAUGCCUUUAUAAAAGGAUAAUGUCAUUUAUGCCAGAGUGUGAUACAAUAUUUUAUUAAUUACAUGUUCUUUUGCUUUUUUUUUAUACUGUACUAGGUAUAAAAGUUUGAAGUAAUUACUUACUCAUUUAAAGACAAAACAUUUGUUUCAUUGUGAAGGUCUAUUAACUGUAAACUUCUCUGUUGUCAAAAUACACUAAAAAAUUUUGCAAGAGUAAACAAUAUGGUGUAAUUAUAAACCAAAAAGAACUUAAUUUGCUUCAUAAUCAAUCAUAAUAAUCGUUCAAGGUUUUACUUAAGUAUAAUUAUACCAAGUUCAUCCUUCAUCAUGCAUGACAUCAUCUGGCCGGCAGCCCGGGGGGUGGUCUGGGGUGGGAGCUCAGUUACCAGCUGGUCGUCGUGAUGUGAAGGUCUAUGGCAAUGCAUGAUAAAUGCUCUGUAUUUGGAUGCAUAUCAAAUAACAGACUACAUGAUAAAAGUUUGAGAUUUCAUCGAUUUCCAAGUGAUGAAAGAGAGAAAAAAAGGUUGAUUUUAUUGUGCAUGCAGUAAAUAUAUAGGGUGAAACAGGAGGAAGGGCAAUACUUGAGAGCUGUUGGCAGAAUUAAAUUCCCGAAAGUCUAACUUUCGGCUUGAAACUGUUGUAUAGCCUUGUCAUCUGUAAUAUAUCUUGUGGCCAUAUUGAUUAAUUGAAAACUUUUACACAUUUAUACAUGUAUUCACUGGUUUACUGUAAUAGCUUUGGGAGAGAGAAUGAUAAUCAUUAACAGUUUUAUUAAUUUCUUUAACUAUUUUGUUUAGUUCUUGUAUCCCCCCCCCUCAUAAAUAGCUAGCCCAUAUGCUUAUGAUUACUUAAUUGCUUUUACACUGAUACUGGCAGCAAAAUCAUAAGAGAAUAAAUAAGAAGAAAGAGAGGAAGAAGAUAAUUGUUAAUAAUAAUAAAUUUUUAAUAAGGAUAGGAAUAUCAUAAUAAUAAUGAUUACAUGAAAAUUUCAAGUGGCUAACUGAAAGAUAGUGAACUAGGGGAUGAGAAAAUCAGGAAAUUUGGCAAGAAUAUCCACCUCGGCCAAUGACAUGACAUAAUAAGCUUCGCCCAUGCAUGUCGGUAGACCUGGUUUAUUUAGACUUUGGGUUUUACAUUAUGGUAUAAAUGUUUUUGAAAUUUUUUUAUCUAAAACUACAACUUCACAAAACAAAUGAGAACAGUAAUUACUUGUAUCUAACUUACACUCACUGUCUAUAUUUUACUAGUGAAGCAAAUUAGGAGUAACAUUACACACAGUUAAACCAUUUAUGGGAACGUACAGUCGAUCAGAAAGCUAUCUUUACAAAAUUGUGUGAAGACAAUAUGACAAUGGAUGAAGGAUUUUGGCAAUCCUAAGAAGACUCGGGUCACUGUGUUCAAUCUGAAAUUCAUCAAUCCCCCCCCCCAAGUACAGAUAGGUUUUUGAUCGAAUGUACAAUUCUUGUAGUACAAUACACAGUACUGUUAGUAAAUAAAUUUUGAUCAACAUAUGAAAAUCUGUCAUUAAGUAUGGAAUAGAUCAUAAAGAGUUAUGUAAUUUAGUAUGUUUUACAUUAGGUGGAGUCCUUUCUUGUUGAGUGCGAUGCAACUUCCUGCAAUAUUUCACUCCAUAAUCUGGCUCUCCCAUGUAAGGUAGAUAUAUUAUACAAGGCAAUCUUUAUGGAACAAAUAGAAGUAGGUUGAUUAACAAAAGAGUACUUCUGGAAGUAAUGUAUCAUACUGUACUGUAUACAAUAUACUGUAUAUCACUUUAUGGUUUUGCAUUCAAGAGGUCAGCAAAGUUAAUUAACACAAUAUCUAUGAACAGAAGUUUUAAGGCAAUCAUCUAAGGUGUAAUCAAACACUUUUUCCUAGAUCUAAGUGAUACUUACUUACUCUCAGUGUAAACUUUGAAAUUUUAAAGUAACUGAGUAAACACUUAAUAUCAACAAGUUGGUACAUCAUCAAUGAGUUUUGGUGCUACUACUGUUCAGUGACCACACAUAAAAUUCCUAUGAACCAA